AGUUGUCAACACAUUGGUAGGGAAGGUGGGUAUGACGUUGGACAGUGGCGUAUUAGAAGGAUAUUUGCGUUUACACAUCAUGGGUCCAUCAGAUGUUUAAUGUCUGGAUUAUUUCAUAAUUUCUGGGAUGAAAUGAAUACAACUCAUACAGCAAUUGCCGUUGUUCUCGCUGGACCAGGAAUGCAUAUAUAGUAUCAUCACGUUCGAGCAUCUGUUAAAGAUAUGUCAGAACAGCGAUAUUUCCGCACACCUCGAAACCAUUAUCAAUUCUAGUUUCAGUUUUGAAGUGUAAUCGAACCCAAAGAUGAAGUACAAGCAAGUCGUAAUAUGCCUCUUAGUGGCUUUGCUGUUUGUCAUUAUACACAUGAUCAUGCCCGACUGCCAAAACAAUGACACAAACCAGCGCACUGAAAUUCUACUCCUGCGGGCGCUUGAAGAACUGGAAAACCUACGAACACAAAACUCUGAACUGCACUCUUUGGCACAGCAAAUACGGUAGAUGUUAGUUAGAGAGCUGAAGUUUGAACGCUCAACUAACGAGGACAAUGCUCAAGAACUCGCAAGUCUGAAAGAGAGGCUGGAGAAGAAGGCUCAGCGACAGCUCUUUCGCAGGGCGCAGCAGCAAGAGGUCAGACAAGAGGUCAAAGGUCACCAGACCACAUGGAACACGGGUAUGAGGUCUUAACUAGAAAUGACAAGAUAAAUUGUAUAGGCUAAAGUGUGUUUAUAUACUCUUUAUUUCCACUUAACAGGGAUUGAACAUAUAUGUGAAAAUAGGAAUAUGACAAAAAAGAUCAUACAGAAUAAUGCAUUCAUACAUUCCAAGUUACAUACCGUAUACCAUCUACUAUUUACACAAUUACUAUUUUCAAUAUGUCGAUGUAGUUUUGCUUUGUGAAAGGUUGGUCCAUGCUUGAUCCCCUCUCUAAGAAGUGUAGACGCCCCUCCAGAUUGAAAUCCAAAUCGCAGAAAGUAGAAUACAUUAAAAAACACUUAGGGCCGAAAUAUAUCUAUUUUGCGUUCUUUCUUUACUGAUAGCUUAAUAUUGUUAGUUGAUCAAAACGCAUUAUGAAUUGUGGUAACAGCUCCCCAAUAAGCAUUUAGGUAAGCGUUAUUGAUGUUGAAUAGCGUUUUUUUUAAACAAACAUAGAUAUACUUUCUGAUAAUAUUUUAACACUUUAAAAUACUGUGUAUGGAUAAUAAUUGUGUGUCCAACACCUCUAAAUAACCGAAAAGUGCCAAUUGGCUGCCGGUUAAAUGUCAAACAAACACGAUCUUCCCUAGUUUAUUCAAUGAAGACAAUACGUAUUAUUGUUGUUCACAUAGCAAUGUGUGGAGGAAUUAACAAGUAUGCUAUCAAAUAUUUGCCAUCAUACAAUAGUUACCUUGAUCCAUACAUACAUUAUUGUAAUGCAUACACCAUGCACUGUGAUCAUUUGUUAAUAAUUACUUCUUCAAGAUCAUAUUUCAUCUGGUUUAUUAUACAAAGCUCAUCUUUUACAUAUCAGGCUAUUACAUUUCUGUAAUUCAUUACAGUUCAUCAAUUGAUCAAAUAUUUUUCUCUUUAAAAACAAAAUUGGACAUCACAGUUCUUAUAGUAUUUUCGAAUUCCUAAUUACGCACUAAAAUUUAUUUUUUAGCAAAGAUAAACUCUCAUAACAUUUACAUUUAUACAUUUUCAAGGUAAUGUAUUUUAUUGAGGCUAAAAUAAUUUAAUGAUCCCAAAAAGUGUGAGGCAUUGAGCAUACCCUAUUGUUCUGCUGGUUGGAUUUCGCACUUUCAUCAACAUUUGACUCAAUAAUGCUACAACUGCUUGAUUUAUUUCAUUCAAACUUUGCAACUAAUCAUAAAGGGAGGUAUUUUGGCUGUGAUUAGGUAUACUUAGUGUUGGAUACAUCGCUGUCUGUUUAAAAAGCGGGAUAAUUAUACUGGUACAUGAAAUAUGAUAAAAAAGUAGAUACUUGAUAACUUUUUUCUUCGUAACGUUCUGUAGAAAAUAUCAAACUGUAUUUAUUAUUCUCUUUUAUCAAUACUGAUUAUAACCGUAUGAAUAUUUGUUUACGCAGAGACUAUUUGCAUUUGUAUUUCCAAUGUGUUAUGUUUGUACACAUGUUCUUGAUCCUUGUUAUGGUUUGUUGAGUGGUGAUGAUUCUUCGGAUAGCAAACUAAAACUUCAUUUUACUGCGACAACUCUAUUAAUGCAGAAGAUAGAGGCUGUGUUUUUAUUGUUAAUAAAUUGACGUCAAUAUGAAAACCUCAUUUAAGUCUUUUAUUUAAAUGAAAACCAGCAUUAUAUGGAAAACUACUCUCACACAUCGUAUGGUAUCAAUCAACUGUAAUUAGUGCAUACCCUCAUGAUAUUGCAUACAUUGAUUUGCGAAAUGUAUUUGCAAACAUUUCUUUCAUUCCGUUUUAAAUGUUACAAUAUAUAACACAUAAAAAGAAGUCAUUUUUUAUAUUGCAUGAGAAUGAUUUAAAUUUUAAGCUUUCAUUUUCGCAUCCUUUCUUAAAUAUAACUGUUUCGAGAGCGGCCCUUUUGUAGCUGUGGGAGAGGAAUAUGUGCGUAUUUUGAUAAGUGACAUGGACUUAUGAUUGUAUUGUUCUUCUUAAUUGAUUCCACAGUUUGUAUUGAGUUUUAAAACACCAAGGUAGAACGAUAUAUUAAUAAAUUUAAGUGAUUUGCAUUAUUUUAUCAAAAAAGCGAAUCAGUAUCAGGAUUUGUUAACAUUUUAUAACUUUUUUUAUUUGACGGUUAAAGUUCAUAAUAUUUGGUAUGUCAAUCCCUGAAAAAUGCACAUUAUGGAAAUAGCAAAAUCAUUUAUGUGUACAACAAUGUGUUUCACAGAUUCACUUCCUUAACAUUACAGAGUAAAGAGAAGAGGCAGUCUGUGGUAAUAAUUCUCUCCAUGUAUAUCUGUACUAAAACCUGGGCCGGUAUUCAUAAAGCACCUAAGGUUUAAGGAAGAAAUUUCCUUAGUUAUCAAACAAUUUUCCUAAGGUAAGGAUUUCCUUAACUUUCGUAUUCAUAAAGAACCUUAGGUUAAUACUUAGGUAAGAUUUCAACUUAAAAACUAAGGCAAAAUUAUCCGAUUUCGUCUGUGCGACGAUUCGUACUAUUUUAGUAACCGCUUCACCGAAUCUAUAAUUAGGUCGCAAAAUGGCAGACAAUUGUUUAGCGGAAUACGUUGUAAUCAAAUUGAACGGGUUUUACUAGUGUUAAUGGUGGGUAAUUGAUACAAAAAGGAUAUAUAUGUGAGGUUUACGGAUUCGGUAUGUAUCGAAACAGUUGCCACAUUAUUUCUGUAUCGAUAACAUACUUUUCUCGUCGACCUUGUUUUCAACAACAAUAAGCAUGUACACAAUUGGAAAAACCCGGAAGUAAACGCAGACGAUAAUCAUGGCUGAGAUGGCAAAGCAGAGAUCGCCUAAUUUUUCUAUGCAAGAAAACUCUCUCGUUUCCCAGCUUAUGGGCGAGGAAUAUAAAGACACGGGCCUUUCGCGUCACAAGUACAAUAUCCAUAGGUUUACCAGCAGUGAGUUAUUUAUUAAUACUAUAUUUUAUAUAAAUACAUUUUUUAUAACUAAACUAUUUAAACAUGUUAAUGAUUUGUUUUAAUCAUAAUUCUCCUUUGUUCAUAUAUACAUAUUGGGAAACAAAUAUGUAGGUCUAUUCUUAAAUAUAUUUGAAAAUGUUUUAGAAUUAAAUUAACAUGGUAAUUAUUGUUUCAUUGCCUUAUUCUGUUAAAAAGAAUUUGCUAAAUAUUUAAAAAAAAGUUCAACUAUAAAAUGAAUACAUGUUCCAACACGAAUACGUAUUACAUCCAUGCAAGUUGUAUUUUCAAAUGUGGAUGUCAAUUACAAGGUAAAAUACUAUUUGUUACUUCAUUACUGAAAAUGUUGUCAUGUUAACAUAACAAGAGAACCGCAUAACGGAUGCCAACGUUCGGCUGCAGGUGCAGUUUUGAAUAAAUGAAAAAUUGUCAGAAUUUGUGUUUAAGAGGUCACAGUGACAUGUGACCUUUGACCUAGUGACCCAAAUAUGGAUGUGGCGUGUAGAAAUCAUCAAGGUGCAGCUACAUAUGAAGUUUCAAUGUUGUAGAUGGAAGCACUUUCAUUUUAGAACCAAUGUUCAAAAGUUUAACAAAAAUUUAAGGUUUUAGCACGACGCGGACGACACGAUACAGCAAGCUGGUUAUGACAAUACAUUGGAUUUUCUCCGAAAACAGCCGAGCUAAAAAUACAUGAGCACAUUUAUGUACUCUCAAAAAGUCAUGUGGCAUUUUACUUGGCUAUAGCAUUUUAUUAUUGUUUAUGCAGAGAUUUCCAGGGUAACCAAGAAUGAGAUGUGGGCUGAAGUUGCAGAAAUGUUCUCUGCAAAUACCACUGGUCCACAUCGCACAGCAGACCAGCUUGAAAACAAAUGGGAAAACAAUGUCUCCAAGCACAGGGGGAUAUAUAAUGAUCACCAGCGCCUGCUAAGUUUGACUGUUGAAACUUAAUUUUUUUUUCCCCAAUAUGUUUGUAGUAACACCAUUAAUAUUAUUUAUUCUUUUAUAAAAACUUAUAUUUAUACUAUACACCCCACAUGACAUUUUUAAAUGCUUUCAAAAAUUAUAAAUUGCAAUAAAUUACCUGUAUAUGAUGUCAAUGUGAAAAUGGAAGUUCAGAAUGUAAAUGCAAGUCCAAAAAGCUUCUCUCAAAGCAGCAAUAAUAGAUUUAAUAUAGAAAUGUUAAUGUUAGUAAACUGAAAAAACAACUUAAUUUUCCUGCCUGUACAUAACCUACAUUUAUAUUGACACAUUACAGGAAGUGCUCCCUUCCAGUCAAAAUAUGAUAUUAUAACUGAGUCCGUCAUGGCAGUUGUUUGAAAGGAGAGUGCGGCUGUGCAAGGCGUUGCCCCAUUCACCCUGGAUACAACCUUUAUCCAGUUGACAGACACAAGAAUCAGAAUCAACAGGCAUGCUCAUAAAGGUAUAUACAGGUAGAUGAACAGAGUGAGAAUAGAAGGUGGCAGAUGGUCUAAACCCAAUUCUACACCUGUUGAGCAAAGGACAUGUAUGACCUGUAACCGUCUUGAAGACUUCUACCAUUUUGUGCUUGAAUAUCAUGAUAGCCUUGCAUAAACUUUACAACAAUGCUUGUUCUCUCAACAUGAAGUUAAAGGAUGACCAGAGCAAGCUGGCCAACACGUUGGACGGAGCAGGGGACUGGCGCAAGCAGGAGGCCAACAGGUUGACUGAUCUCGUACAGAGGAGGCUCGAAUAUCUUCGGAAUCCUGCGGACUGUGACAAAGCCAAGAAGAUUUUCUGUAACCUGGAUAAGGAUUGUGGCUACGGGUGUCAGCUGCAUCACGUGACCUACUGUUUGAUCAUGGCGUAUGCCACCCAGCGCACGCUCAUCCUGCAGUCGGAAGGCUGGAGGUACUCGUCUAAGGGCUGGGAAUCUGUAUUCCUGCCACUCAGCAAGACGUGCCGCUCACCGGCGGUCAGAACACCUCAAGAUGGGGACUUAACGAAUUCCAUGACGGAUGAUUCACAAGUCAUCGAGCUUCCGAUACUGGACAUGCUGUCUCCACGGCCACGGUUUUUACCGCUAGCGUUACCGGAGGACCUUGCUGACCGCUUGACUCGUGUCCAUUGCGACCCCGCGGCCUGGUGGGUCGGUCAGUGUGUGACCUACUUGACCCGACCGAACGAAAUGCUGCAGGAGUUACUUGAUGAGAGCAAACAAAAUCUGGGCUUUACGAAUCCCGUUGUAGGAGUACACGUGAGACGGACGGACAAUGUCAUUAAGGAGGCACUGGUUCACAGCGUUGAUGACUAUAUGCGUCACGUCGACGAGUGGUUCGAUAUUUAUGAGAAGCAGCACUCCGGAGUCCAGAGGAAGGUGUACCUAGCGUCCGAUGAUCCAGGGGUCUUACCUGAGGCGAAAAAGAAGGCAUUGUGUCCGUUCUUUGUGCGUCGGGUUGCCGCAGCGCUCGCACCGUCGAUCCCGUUUAUUUCCACGAUUAGGGGCUGUUUGCUGUGCUCUCCUAUGCGAUGGUUGGUCUUGAUCGGCUUUUUGCUGAACUUCCCUCUGUGCUGGGUAUCGAUCACGUUCUCGACCUCUUCUUCCGCCACUUAUCCUCACUUCAUCUUUGUGAGUGACUACGAGGUAUCAAAGACUGCCAGCCUGGGCAGUUGCUACACAGAUGCCUCCCUUUGUGGCGUUAUUCUCGACACUUACCUGCUGUCACGAUGUGAUUAUCUCGUCUGUACUUUCUCAUCUCAGGUCUGCAGAGUGGCAUACGAGUUGAUGCAGCCGCUACACGGGGACGCCUCUGAGCGAUUCAAGUCUCUAGAUGACAUCUACUACUUUGGCGGGAAGAACGCGCACAACUGGUUGGCGGUUGAGAAUCACCAGAGUCGACGUGAAGGGGACAUCAGCUUCAACGCCGGGGACACGGUCGGUGUGGCCGGAAACUACUGGGACGGGUAUUCCAAUGGUAAAAACACGAAGACGGGAAAGUCCGGUCUGUUCCCAUCAUACAAGACGGUGAAUAAAAUAGAUUUGGUGAAGAUGCCGACUUACCCCUAAGUACAUGAUUUGUGAUGACUUAAGGCUGUUGUUUGUUUUUGUUAGUUUAUGUUUGGUUAUAAGGAGAGAAAAUUUAUACUUACAUUGUGUUGCAAUAUGUUUGCCACAAGUCAUAUUAUGUUUACGCAUUUAGGUUUAGAACAUCGUCAAAGUUUCAUACGAAUGCCCAUUUUCACUGUAAUGAUACGAAUUGCUCUUCAUUUAUGUUGAAAUAAACUAACACAUAUUUGAAUUUAUAAAUAUGUAUAACGUUACUUAUAUAAUGUUUAAUAUCGUUAGAUAGAUAUAGUAAAGCCACUUCAGUUGCUCAAUAGUUCUCAACUAUCUACGCAGUGAAUUAUAUACGGAUAUUGCAAAUGAAAUAGGCUUAUUUGAUUAUGGGGAUGUGUGUUUUAAACCUGUGUUAAGCAUACAGGUGCCAUCAACCUUAAUACAUCAGGGACUCUUCCCCCACCCCACCCCCCAAAACAACAGUAUCACGUAUUGCAGUAACCCGUAGAUCUACAAAACGAAUGAUUAUCUGCUUUUAAAAAAAAAUUAAUUAGUGAAUUGUGGAGAGUGUGUCAAAUUCCAACAACUUACACGUAAAUGGUCAAAAUAUUUAAAGAAGUAUAAUUGUAUAACAUUUUUCAUUUUUAAAGUUGCACGUGGUUAUCUCAUCUGAGGACAAUGUUCUCAUUGUGAGCUAUUGGUAUACUGUGAUGUCCAUUGUCUGUCAAUGCGUGCAUGUGUGUGUGUGUGUGUGUGUGUGAGUGUUGUGUGUGUGUGUGUGUGUGUAUGUGUGUGUGUGUGUGUGUGUGUGUGUGAGUGUGUGCGUGCGUGCGUGCGUGCGUGCGUGCGUGUGUGCGUGCGUGCUUGCGUGCGUGCGUGCGUGCGUGCGUGCGUGUGUGUGUGUGUGUGUUCAAACGACAUCGGACCGCUUUGCAGAUUCUCAUGAAACUUUGUUGAUUGGCCGAAAAAGGGGUUAACAAAAACUGAAACCUUCAAAAUCUCCUCUGAGACCGCAAAGCACAGAGGUCAAAACUGGCCCUGCCCGUGGGUAACCAGUUUUACAAUAACUUAUAUACGGAAUAAAUUCUUGUCUGAAACCGCAAAGCCCAUUGUUUUGAUAUUUGGAAUAGAGCAUCCUCUAGACGUCUUGUACAAAGUUUGUAUGCUUUAUUUUAAUCGUAUAUAUGUAAUGCGUGUGAUAGCUGUUGAUGCCGUACGAGUUAAUCAAAAUAUAGAAAAGGGAGCUUCAUGUACACCGUAUAUGCAUAUUCAAAUGGCACCAAGCGUUUUUUAAAUAACCUAAAUUCCAAAUUUCAGAAUAUUAUUGUCUCCAUCUUUUUGAACCGAAGAAAAGAAGUGCUUUUGUAAUCCGAAUCUUUUCUUAAAUAUAUAGAUGAUAUUUGUUGGAUUCGGUGGAAUAGGGCCUAUCGAUUUUAUUUCACGAGUGAUCAUGGAAAAUAAUAUGUUCACGAGUGGCGCAGCCACGAGUUAAAAUAUACUGUUUCUAUGAUCACGAGUGAACUAAAAUCGAUAUUCCAACGAAUCCAACAAAAAAAAUUAUUUUAUGCUUUUUUUUCAACGUUUAUUUACAUUGUAAAGAGUUUGCUUGGAGAAUUUCGCUGUAGUAAUGACGUCAUUUCGUCCAAAACUUGACGUCAUUUCGUCAAAAAUGACGUCAUUUCACAGUAAAACAGUGAAAAAUAUCGAUAUUUAUCACUGCUUCAACCAGUGAAAUACCACUUUUAUGUCACUGGUAUUUCUCUAUAAACCACCGGAAAGUAUAUAAUAAAUGUUAAUAUUAAUAGGGUUUUUUAGAUUUAAAAAUAUAUAAUUUAUUUAAAAUGAUUUUAAGAACAUUACAUUUGAUCACAUUUAUAGAUAUUAUGACAUUAAAUCGUAUAUUAAGUUUUUUUUAUUUUAAAUUAUUUCAUCUGUGUAAAUUUAAAACAGUUAAUCUAUUUAUACUUUAGAUCCGUAUUUAUAAACUUGUAAUUAUCUAUAAAAUAGAAGUGUUCCAUCAAUAAACUUGCAAAAAUGCAGAUAUAUAUAUCUUUUAAAUAUUGGUGUUGUUAUUAAAACAUUGUAUCUCAUCAUCAAGUGAGCAUUUAAAAAAUGAAUACUUAGCUUUACAUUUCAGCAGCCAGGGUUAUUAAACUGUCGUGCGCACAAAAAUUACGUCAUUUUUAAGUGUGACGUCAUUUGAUAUAUAUCGUUUUUACCUGGUACAUUCUGCCAUUUUCGUAUGUUUGUUUUUAAAAUAAGCACCAAAAUAUUUAGAAAAUUAGGGAUAAAUUGAAUAUAAGGUUAUUUUAGUAUCGAAUACAUAUCUAGUUGAUUUUCUUGGCACAAAGACACGUACCAAUCGCCAAAGGAUUGUGGUUCAGAUUUUCUAAGCCUCUCUAAAAAAGUAAUAUACCGUCUAUUCAACUCGAAUGUAACCUUAUAUUCUCUAUAGUAUAUGUUUAUACCGUUUAGGGACUUUGAACUAUGCAUUAUAGAAUAAUGUCUCGGUACAUGUAAAAUAAUGUCUCUGUAAAUGUAAUAUAAUGUCUCGGUACAUGUAGUAUAAUGUCUCGUUAGAUGUAAUAUUAUGUCUCUGUACAUGUUAUAUAAUGUCUCUGUAGAUGUAAUGUAUAAUGUCUUUGUACAUGUAAUAUAAUGUCUCUGUAUAUGUAAUAUAAUGUCUCUGUAGCUGUAAUGUAAUGUAUCUGUACAUGGAAAAUAAUGUAUCUGUACAUGUAAUAUAAAAUUUCUCUGAACAUGUAGAUCUAAUACAAUUUGCAUGGAUGUAAAAAGUGAGAACAGGUUUACUGAAUAGAUCUAGUCAAUAAGAUAAUCUGAUGUUUUAUACAGGUUAGUGGAAUCGUGUAUUUACUGCGUUGAUAGCUGAAAUGUUGACUUAAUUUGUUCCUAGUGGGUUGUUUUGGCACAUUGUUUGAUAAGUAAGAAGCCAUUUUGUUCUCCUAAUUUUUUAUUUGUUUAAUUUAAGCUCCAGUGUUUGAACUUCACUUCAUUUUCUUUCAGCUUAAAACAGCCCUUUAAAAAAUAGCAAAACAUGUUCGUUUUUUUAUUUUGCCAGCUAAGUUUAGACAAAAAAUAUAAAAAGCUUUUUAUGACUGACUAUUUCUUAAUUAAUGGAUAUGAACGUAUUUUGUACUAUCAAAAUUGUAGAAACAAAAAACAUAUUUAUUUAUUCAAAUAGAUCUACAUCACUUUUAAGCCAUCAUAUGAAUUAUAAACAAUCUCUCCUUUCGGUACUCAAUAGCAUAGUAAUUAAAUUGAAUGCGUGUUAAUUCCCUUUUAUUACUGUUAAAUUUGAGCUGCAAUGCUAUGAGGUUAAAUUUUAUUUACACUUAUAUGUAUCGUGAAUAUUGCUGGGCCAAGUGUGAGGUUGAGUGCUCUAUAACCGGUUUAAACCCCCAAUGCUUAGCAUUGACCGUUCCAAGGCGGUGACCCCAGCUUUAUUCUACUACGUGUAUAUGUUGUUUCGUUUUGUGCCGUACUGUACCGUUUUGGCAAUUGGUUCCUUGACAUAAAUAAAGGAACACAAAGGUGUGUAUGAUAGCAUUGCGAUACUGCCGCAGUUUCUGGAGUUUCACUUCUUUAUAUGUUAUUUUUCAGACUAUGUUUAUAAUAAUACAUGUUAAAAAAUGCAAAACAUAGGCUAAAAUGUUGUAUCUGUUUGUCUUGCCUUGUGAUUACCAGAAAUCCAGCCAAAUGUUUGCCAAAAGUUAUAUUUUAAAUCAUAUAACUAUUGUAGCGUUGAAAGAUUAUUUUUUUAACGAUAAAGAAGUGACUUUUUAAGCUUGUUGGUUUUGAUUAAAUUGUGUAUGAAUUAUGUAAAAACACUUACUCCUUAUUGUAGCUAAGUUUGCAGUUUAGUUUCUUUUAAAGAUAUCAUUCAAGCUUUUAAAAAAUAAAAGUUAUUAUAUUUAACACGCGUCAUUCAAAAAUGGGUCUUCUUCCAUAUGCGGCCAGCAUAGCUCCACUGACCGAUAUUUACGUAAAGCAAGAUUGUGUGGUCUCAUUAGCGGACAGGGAAGCUCCUGACCAGGCCGUCCGGAUGCGCGGGUUUGUCUGGCGCUUCGCUGGCCGAAACCCUCAUAAGACUUAUGUUCGCAUAACAAAGAUCAUGUUUGUUCUUAAAGCUCAGCAUAGCUGUUGUUUUUGUUAUUGAUUUAAUGUUGACAAGUAUGAUGAACGACGAUUACAAUAAUAGUGUUCCAUAUUGUUUGGUACAGUGUGAUUUCAAACAUGCUAAUGUUAAUAUUUGUAUAAUUGUGUAUAAUAAACUUCCAUGGACUUUGUGAUGUGUGUUUUGUUUGUGACUUGUGAUUUCUUUUGAUUUAUAAGUGCUUUGUGAUUUGUGAUAUGUUUUCUCUUAAAAUGUGCUGUGUUGGUAUUUAUUAAAGUCUGUAAGAUAG